CUAUUUUAGCUAUCCUUGUGCUAUUUUUGUACAAGCAAAUCUUAAGUUGGAGUAAAUUUAGUCAAACCAUGUGCACGAAUGUCAUAUUGAAUUUUUACAAUGAGCAUCAUUUUGUCAUUAGAGGUUCUUACAAACUUGAGUAUUUCCGCUUUUUUCAACUAUAUAUAUAACCUUUGAGGUCAGAAGAUAAGCUUCAAAUUUCACUCCGGAAGGUGUACGAGCUGCGAGAUUGAAUUACAAGCUGAAAGUCGAAAAGAAACAUUUUGUAUUCAGUUCCACUCGAAAACACCAUUCGCUAUGUACAGAAUCAUUCUCCCGUUUGUCUUCGGCUUUUUUCAAGUACUAAACGCCAACAAUCCCUCAAAUAAUUGUAUAACGGCGUUCAUGAAAUGCGAAGAAGACGUGUUCAACUGUGCAAUUGAAUAUGGUCGAUUCUUAACUGCUUGUGACUUGCGCGUAACUCCAACAUCGACAAGAAACGACAAGAACUUGACCAGAUUCGUCGUGCCGCCGUUUCGUAAACCAUGUAACCACGAGUGUGUGAGAGCCAUCAGGAGAUUAAAACGUACGAAACGAGGCAAAGCACUGCAGAAGUGUGAUUGUCAUUUGGACGGGAAAUGUCUCAGCUUCAAAGCUCGCGUCGCGAAGUGUCUGAACACGACGACAAGGCAUCGUCCUACGAUCAGUUGCACUCUGGCGCUGUUGAACUGUUCACUAGAUCAAAAGUGCGCUUCGUUGCAGGAGCAAUUUCUUAGGGAUUGUCACCAUAUGAUCAAUGGUGUCCAGUGUGAAAAGAAAUGUCAGGAUAUACAACAAAGACUGUACAAGGAAGCUAAAAAUCUCGCGGACUGCGAAUGCGAUGGACCAACUGAGGCUUACUGCCGUGCUAUACGUGCACAUUCAAAACAAUUACGAUGUGAGCCAGGAAUGGACAGAAAUGGUACACCUGCAUUCACAUACAUUGAAGACACCAAAAUACACGGAGGAUCAGAAAUAAAGGAACCUACCAGAGCCGUUGGGAUUCGUCAAGGAUCGUCGCGGACGCUUUUGGCACUGCUUUUAAUGAUCUUUCUACUAUGAUCUGGUGUUUUCAGCCUGAAUUGUUUAGCUAGGUUGUCCCAGCAAUGUUUGUUUAGAUAUAAAUAUAUUUGUAAGUAUAGCAUUGUUAUUAACUAAUUGUUUCCUUUAGGACUCGUUAAUUAGUCUGCUGUUCUUUCGGGAUCAUAUGCCCACGAAAUGGAACUGGUUUUUCCAGCCUAGCUGUGCUCGAUCAUUCUCUUUCGUGAACUAUAUUUGUACAUAUUGGUAACAACCACGAAAGAAACAUGCCGAUCAAAGUGGAUCUCAGACUAGACAUUCAUGAAACAUAGGAACAUUCUUCCAUCGAAUUUUCAUCCACAAAUGAUGAUCGAUGGCGGUACUUGUUCGGCCCAAGCUGGAAGCUGUUCACGUUGUUACAUGCAACUGUGUUUAUACGCACCGAAAUGAUUUCUAACGACGAUUUGAUGCCGCAUAAGUGUGCGCAUUUGUACAAAACAUAUCUCUCAAAGGUGUUUUUCUACGCAAAACAUUUGCACAGCUUUUGAGAAGGGAGCCACACGAGCGUGUUGUAUAAUAACAGUGGCAUAUCUUCGAGGUCAUUCAUGAAUUUGCUCAGUGCAUCCAUGUGCUCGGACAUUUUCCGCUUAAAAUCGUCGUUAAAAAUCUGCAUUGAAAUACAUGAAAGUUUCUUUGAAAACAGCUUUUUAAUUGAAAUAUGUAAAGGAUACGAAGCUGUCGUGGUUUGUGUCUAGACAAACAGAAGGAAGUGCGUAAAAAUUUAGUUUUACGGUAAGGAAGAAGAACCUCCUUUGUUCAAAACAGAUUUCAAAGGUAAUGGUUCAUUCUUUUGAAUGUAAUUUAGACACGUUCUUCGACAGCUCUUGGUAGAAUUUACCUACGGCUUUACUCAUCCUUUUAGGAUACAGACUAUACCAGAAAGUGUGAACAUUUUUCUCAAAGCUUGAGUUUACUUUAUAUCUGUUUUGGUAUAAAAUUUCAUGACUGUACCGCCAUCGCUCUACAUAAACAAAGUGUAGAAAUAAUAUUUCAUGGUGUACUUAGUAGUUUGCAGCUAUUCACUAAAUCCUCGACUUUGUGUAAAUAUUACAAUAUUUUCCACUUAACAUGUGUGUAUUUCUCCGGAGAUCGGACCGAUAUGAUGCAAGAUAAUAGUAUUUCGUGUUGCACACUGAAGUAGUUAAUAGUUGAAGAUAAGAAAUUCUUCGAACAUAUAUGGCAAAAUCGUCUCUCUAAUAUAGUAAUGUCUAGAUUAAAGGCGUUUAAUUUUAGGGCCUACUUAUAAUUAGCCAGUAAAUAAACAAAUUCAU